AAAGGAAAGAAGCGGACUCGUGAGCCAGUGGCCCCAGAGACGUGCGGCUCUUGCUCCGCCUCUUCGGUCGUUCCGUGGUGCGAGACCCGAGGAUGCCGUGGGAGCCGCCCCGGCUGCGCUCCCUGCACAGCAGGCAGCGGUCCUCCGUGAUCUUCUGUAACCGCACAUGCCGCCAGGUGCUCCCCUUCUGGGUCAACUUCGAUGGGGAGCCGACGCCCUACCAGAUGCUGCUGCCCGGCACCGGCCGCAGGAUGACCAGCUACCUGGGUCAUUUUUGGUUAUUCAGAGAUGCCAAUACAGGUGAUGGACUUCUUGUUAACCAGACUGAAUUAUUUGUGCCAUCUCUCAAUGAAAAUGGACAGCCUGUUUUUGCCAACAUCACACUUCCAGUUUAUACACUGAAAGAGAGGUGUCUUCAGGUUGUUCGCUGCCUAGUCAAGCCUGAGGACUACAGGAAACUGGACAUUGUGAGGUCACUGUAUGACGACCUGGAAGACUACCCAGACAUCCAGAAGGACCUCAGGAGACUUUCCCUGGAGCACCUUGAGCAGCAAGGGGAUGGAGAUUAAGACAGGAACUCCUAAGUCUUGGCUAUGGAAGGCAUUCAUUGAUUUUCUCUAGCCAUGGUACUGUGACUACUGGCACUUUCAGGGUGUCUCACUUUCAGGAAGUCAAAUUUAUUCCAGUGGUAUGGUUGCUUCAAGAAUUAGAACAUUAACAUUUAAACUCUGUUAUUGAUAUGGUAAACUGUGAUUGGAUUCAUUAGGCCUUGUUAUGUUGAGGCCUUAGGAACACAAAAUGCAUUUUAAUGAGUGUCCUCUAGGGGAACAUCAUCUACCUUCUGGUAACUUGGCUGUUGUUCAGUAGUCUGGUUAUCCUGAAGAGGGAUACUCUAAAACCCUGGACCAGAUGACUUUUGUAGUAGCUUCUAGCUCUGAGUAUGUGAUCUACUAUGGUUUACGAAGUGAGGACUAUGGCCCAGGGGCCUUUGGAUCAGUUAGGCUAGUUCUUACUCUGUAAGGCAGUAUUGUACAUACAUAAUCCAUGUUUUCCUUUGUGGGAAAUAAGGAUUUACCUAGACAGGUAAUUGAUGUGAAUUAUAGAAUUUAAAAACGUUUAUUUUGUAUGAAAAAAUUAAGAGGAGUGUUUAUGGGAGAUGGUUAAGUGUCUGACUCCUAGUGAUUCAGGAUUGCUUACGUACAAGGGUAUUGUGUGGGGGAAAAGCAUAUUACUAAACACUAAAAGUAUAUUGUAUUGUGAGACUUAGUAGCAUAGGUUUUAAUAAUGAGUUAUUUAUUUGAAAGUGUUUGGGAAGCUUUUCGUGAGUGGGACUUGUAAAAACUAAGGUGAUUUUUCAUUUUGUGAGGCAGUCACUUUUUAGAAGGCACUUUUUGUAAUUUUCUAAGUUAUGUUUUUUCAAAAAGCCAGGGCAAUACUACCACGUGUAAGUGUCUCUAAGCUGUGACUGUCUUACGCUUCAUCUUGGUUUCUGCACAGUGAACAAGGGAGCAUUAUCAAGAUUUGUAUUUCAUUCUAGCCUUAAGCAACGACUGUGAAGGUAGGAACUUCAUAGUACUGUGAAUGUUGUUUGUAUAGUUUUCUUUUUUAAUACAUCUGUGAUAUAUAUGUAUUCAUUUAUGCCAUCAUAUUUCAAAAAGCACAAUUUUUUAAUCAUCCACUGUAAUUUUUCUACCUGAGGAAAUGCUUUUAUAUUUCUAUUUUUAUCCUACUAUGCAUUUUAAAGGACUAUGUGUGUAUGUAUGUGUGUAUAGAUAUAUAUAUAUAUGGUAUAUUGUGAAUUCACCUCAGUUUAUCCCUUAUAAACUUAACUUCUGUGUUGUGGACUGGACUUAAUUUCAUCAAUUUCAAGCCUUCCAAGAGACAAUCCAUAAAGGUCGACCUUUUUUCAUUUAUUUUCCUUUUCCAUGGUAAUAGAGUACCCAAUACUGACUGUUGGAGCCCUUGUGCUCUGACUUGGCAGAGGCAGAAGCCAAAUGAAGUAAGGAGUGCAUUUAGGGUUUAGCCAUGCCACGACACCUUCACGUUAAAAUUCCACUUUCUUUCCUUUCAUGUUUAAGUCCUAGAGCACUUGGUCUUCAGUGUUUGCUAACCGCUCUCAUUUUGUUUCAUGUCGAAUUGUCUUUUUUUUUUCCAAUGGCUUAUGGUAUAAGCCAGGGGUGGGGAAGGUAAUGACUCCCUAGGUUUAACAGAGGCAAAGGUGUGCUGUGCUGGUAGAAAGGGCAGAGAUAGGCAUGUUGAAAGGAGUAGGAAACAUUGGGGAGUCAGUGAGUUUGUUCUUGGUUUCUGCCUUCUGAUACAGUAGGGCACCAUGGGUUCAGGACACAGACAGGCUCUAGGCAAAUCCCUUAGAAGGCUCAGUGCCCUGGGCAGCUAAGAUGGUGGUAGAGAAGACCACAGCCUACUUUCUCAUCCUCGAAGUCCCAGGUCCCACCCCCAACUGAUCUGCCCCUGAUUUUCUUAAAGCCUCUCUCUGAUGUUAGUCUCUCAUUCCCAAUGAAUUUUUUUCUCCUUGUUGAAUCAUGUACUUUGAGUAUUGCUUCUGAUACAGGCUGUCCGAGGAGCACUGGCUGCCUGGCAUGUAGCAUUUUCUGUUUAUAUUUCUGUAACUCUUAUUGUCGUUUUUAAUGAGAUUGUACAAUUUUUUGUCUAAGCUACAGUUUAGUGUUAAACAAUACUGAGCAGAAUAAAGAAUUGGGUCCAUGGCCAGGC